AUGUUGCGACCCGGAUUUGCUGACAUUGGUUUCCUGUUUUUGACGUCUGAAGGUUGUGUGGGGUCCAGUGAUAAAGACCUUUACGUGGGCAAGACAUUUAAGAACCGAGACGAGUUCAAGCAACGUAUGGCCUUAUAUGCAAUCAAGCACAAGUUUGUUAACCGUUGUGCAAGGUCGUCACCUUCUGUUAUGGUGCUUGAGUGUUCUGGAGUGGCAUGUAUGUGGCGGGUCUAUGCGGUCCUUGUCAAGGGUUCGAGCCUGUAUGAAAUUCGUAAGAUACGUGGGGGGCACAGUUGCAGCGUUGAUGAGCGUGCUGGAUACCAGAGACAGGCGACAUCGAGCGUCAUAGGGGAGAUGCUCCGGCAGCAGUUCACCGGAACGGGUGUUGGUCCGCGGCCAAGGGAGAUCAGGCAGGUGAUGAGGGGCGAUAAUGCUGUAAACAUUUCCUACUGGAAAGUGUGGCGUUCGCGGGAGGCAGCGGUUGAGUUCGCAAAGGGAUCAUGCGGUGCUUCGUACCAAAGCCUUCCAAAUUAUCUGCAGCGGCUUAUUGAAGCUAACCCAGGGACAUUGGCCCAUCUUGAUACAGACUACGUGGAGAGCGUGGGUCGGCGUUUCAAGUAUAUGUUCAUCGCUAUGGGAGAAAGUGUGAAAGGCUUUGAAUUUGUGCGUAAGGUUAUGGUCAUAGACGGUACGCAUCUAAGAGGAAAGUAUGCAGGCUGUCUCUUAACCGCUUCUGCUCAGGAUGGGAACUAUCAAAUUUAUCCCUUGGCCUUUGCUGUGGUUGAUGGGGAAAACGACAAGUCAUGGGAGUGGUUUUUCGAGAAAUUUUCGUCAUUCGUUCCUAAUCAGAGCGGUGUUGUGUUUGUUUCCAACAGACACGCGUCGAUCUAUCAAGGACUGAGCAAGGUAUUUCCGGACAUAUUUGUCGGCUAUUAA